GAAGAGGAGAGAGAGGAGAGAGAGGGAGACAGAGAGGAAGCAGAGCAUGCGGGGAAAAACUCUGCGCUCUGUCCUUCGAUUCUCCAUAGCAUAAAUUUACUGAAACCCUAACCCUAGCCCUAAUUGUUUAUUUCCCCCUAAUAAUUACGUUCACAAAUUGGUGCUCAUCUCCUGUUGCGCCUUCUUUCGACCUCUCUUUUGGUGUGCCCUACCAUCUGUGGCAUUCACCUUUUUAAUAUAUAUUGAGUGCCCUUCUAUUCAACUCUCCAAUUUGAAAGGAUUGUGGGUAGAGAGAGGAAGUGUAAUGAGUGGUUCGGAACAGGACUCUUCGCAGCCUCAGUUCAUCGCGAGCCAUGAAAAUCGCAGUGUUCCGAGUGGUCCGGGAGCUCCUCUCAUCGACAGCAUCGAUGUCGAUCAGAUCAUCAUCCCUGAGAAGAACGGUUGGAAAAACUUAUUUGCAUAUAUGGGCCCGGGAUUUCUUGUUUCCAUUGCAUACAUCGAUCCUGGCAACUUUGAAACUGAUCUACAAUCAGGAGCACAAUACAAGUAUGAGCUUCUCUGGAUCAUACUUGUAGCCUCUUGUGCUGCUCUUAUUAUUCAAUCUCUCGCAGCCAAGCUUGGGGUGGUGACAGGGAAACAUUUAGCUGAACAUUGUAGGACUGAAUACCCCAAGAUCCCGACCUUUAUCUUAUGGAUCCUUGCCGAGCUUGCUGUUGUCGCAUGUGAUAUUCCUGAAGUAAUUGGAACGGCUUUUGCUUUGAAUAUACUCUUCAAAAUCCCUGUGUGGUCUGGUGUUCUUAUCACAGGUUUAAGUACUUUGAUGCUCCUUCUACUACAACAAUAUGGGGUUCGUAAACUCGAGUUUCUGAUAGCUUUUCUGUUAUUUUUGAUGGCUUGCUGCUUCUUUAUCGAAUUUGGCUAUGCUAAACCGAAUCCCUCAGAAGUUCUGAAGGGCCUUUUUGUCCCAGAACUCAAAGGAAGUGGAGCUACUGCUCUCGCUAUCUCGCUACUUGGUGCCAUGGUCAUGCCACAUAACCUUUUUCUACAUUCAGCAUUGGUGCUUUCAAGGAAAGUACCACAGUCUGUUCAUGGGAUCAAAGAGGCAUGUAGGUUUUACACUAUUGAGAGCGCGUUUGCUCUAACCGUGGCCUUUCUCAUCAAUGUAUGUAUUAUAUCUGUGAGCGGUGCUGUAUGCAGCUCAGAAAAUUUGGACCUAGAAGAUCAAAGGAACUGUGGCGAUCUUGAUCUUAACAAAGCUUCAUUUUUACUGAAAAAUGUCCUGGGAAGUUGGAGUUCAAAGUUAUUUGCGGUUGCAUUAUUGGCUUCCGGUCAGAGCUCUACAAUUACAGGAACUUACGCAGGACAAUAUGUCAUGCAGGGCUUUCUCGAUCUAAGGAUGACGCCUUGGAUACGGAAUCUUCUAACUAGAACCUUGGCAAUUCUACCAAGCCUCAUUGUGGCAAUAAUUGGAGGCUCUUCUGCAGCUGGGAAGCUGAUAAUCAUUGCUUCGAUGAUCCUGUCAUUUGUACUUCCUUUUGCUCUCGUUCCGCUCCUUAAAUUUACCAGCAGCAGGACGAAAAUGGGGGUGUACACCAACUCAAUUCUUAUUUCGGCGCUCACAUGGAUAAUAAGCACAUUCAUCAUGGUCAUCAACACCUACUUUCUCGUAACGAGUUUCGUCAAGCUGCUUCUCCACAGCGGACUGCGCACCGCCUCCGUAGUAUUUUCAGGAAUGUUCGGCUUUCUGGGCAUGCUCAUUUACGUGGCGGCCAUCCUGUACUUGGUCUUCCGCAAGAAUAGGAAAUCAACGCAACCGUUAUUGCAGGGCGAUGCUGAACUCGGACCGAUGUGCACCGACUCUAACCACGCGGAUAACAAUACACUGUAUCACUUGCCUCGCGAGGACAUCUCAAGCAUGCAACUCCCGCAGAAUAGAGCCGGAUUAGAUCUCGACUAGAAGUAGUUAAGGACUUGAAACUAACUGUUGUUAAAAAUGCUGGAGAUUCUUGAACCAAUUCUUCGCGGUUGACAAUGUUUAUGAUGUAUUUAUUGCUGUAAUUUACAGGAACAGCACUAAGCAUAGAAUAGAAGCUGUAAGUUCAAGAAGAUGAUCUUAUGUUGUA